AUGUCUAUAAAAAAGUAAAAAAUUUGUUUUAAUUAGACACUUGUUAUAAUUACCAAAUUUAGUUAUUGAAGAAGAAGAGGAACCAGAGUUUGAUUGUAUUAUUCCAUCAGCAAUCAAAUUAAUAUAAAUUGAAAUCUCUCCAAAUAAAUAAUAACUUUCAGAAUUGUAACAACUGAAAUAUUUGAUUGAUGAUAAAUAAUACUUUUCUGCUUAUUAGAUGAAGUAAGAACUUUUUCAUAGCUAUUCAAAUGAUUAUGAGUAUCUCAAUUAUACAAAAGAUAUUUUUGAGUUAAUUGAUGAUGAUAUAGAAGAAAUUAAGGAACUAACUAAAUGGUUUGAAUUAUAGGGUAUUUAUUAUACUAAUUUAUUAAGAUGGAUGGUCAAUUUAACAAUAAGAUAGUAGAAUGUAAAUCAGAUAUUAAUAAUUACCCAAUUCACCAAGAGUUGUAGCUAGAAUUGACACAGAAAUUAAAAUUCCUUUAGAUAUUUUUAUAAGUCUUAUCUAUGAGACAGAAUUAUAUCCAUAAUGGUUUCCUUUCUGCAAAGACUCUAAGACUAUUUUGCAACCAGACAAAGCCACAAAGAUUUUACAUAUGCAUUCAUCACCACCUGUUAUAUCUGAUAGAGAAUUAUGUGUAAAAGGAUGGGGAGUUAACAAUCUAGAAUAUGAUGGUAGUGUUCUUAUUUUAAGUCAUUCAAUAGAUAAAAGAACAAAAUUAUUAAAAAGAUAUGGGUAUAUCUAUUAAUAUAUUUUUUUUGAGUUUCUUUUCCAGAAGAACCAAAACAUGUUAGAGCUGAUUUAAAUGUAUUUUGUACAAAAGUUAAACCAAUAUCUUUUGAUCAUCACUUAGUAAGUUUAGUAAUUUGUAUUGAUUUAAAAUUAAAAUACAUACCAGACUUCUUACCAAAUUAUAUGCUUAGAAAAUUUGCAGUAUUUAUAAUAUAUUUAUAAUUAUUAGGGUGUUAUGUUUGAUAAAUUAGUAUCAAAUUCAAAAAAAUAUAAAGGAUCUUUAUGGGAAAAGAAAAAGAAUGAAAGUUCAGAAUUCUAUGAUUGGUUGA